ACAGCCCAGUGAUCCAACUUAUCUAAUCCACCUCACGCAAAGUACUUCCUGCCGUCACAAUGGUGUCCAAGUUUCUCAGCGUCAUAACUGCCUCUCUGGCCUUCUUCGCCGCGUCCUCAGCUUACGUGGUGCCUCUCGAGGGCGAGGACGGCAUCUACGUCGUCCGUACCGACGGCUCCGGCGCCGAGGUCCACACCAAGAUCGCCGACAUCGACCUCUCCCUCGCCAACGCCACCGCCGCCGUCACUGACGCCGAGGGCCUUGAGAAGAGAGCCGUCGCCUGGCCCAGCGGCACUUAUCCCGUCUGCGUCAACCUCCAGUGGAUCGGCCAGUGGGACUUCUACAACGGCGGCGCCUGGCAGUACUUCUACAACGGCUGCCUGGAGGAGGGCGGCCGGCGGUUUUACAACGGCGAGUCGCUCUACAGCCGUUACGGCACCGCCGUCGCGUACAUGUGCUCGUACUCCCCCAGCGGCAACCCUUGCAGCGUCGGGGAGUGGGUGGACGCCGUGAACUGGAUUGCCGGCACCUGCUCCGCACGAGGCAACGGAUACAUGGAGUCCGCGUACCUGAGCAUUCCUGGCUGGAAAAAGGCAUACGGAUACACUACUGCUGGUUCCGGGUUCUGCUCUUGAAGAACCUUACCAUGAGUUCUCCAGAUAAACAACGGGACACAGUUUUGUAGCUACAAUACUGAUCAGCCAUGUUGUUUGAGAAAACAAAUGGUCUUUGAUAUUUUCCGAGGUGGGCAGUCGGUUGAGAAGCGUGAUCGUCACCAAGUUACAGAAUGGAGUUGCUGGAACCCUUUUCUUCGAUUGCUGCUAGAAGUCGUUGGCAUCUCUGUCUCGGAGACCGAUAAAUACCAUCGUCAUCUAUUAUGAUGAUCCAUGUUCGAAGGAGCGAACCAAAAACACAUACACUGCUUGAGAUUGAUAAGAUUGACUACCAUACAUAUAGCCGGGUGCUCCAUCAUCGACGAGCCGAAAGGAGUUGCACCUCUCAGGUCGUGUUCAGCAAGGAAAGCCGACCGGCCCAGAGUAGCCUAGACCAUUUUCAAUCCCAAAUAAUUGACG